AUGAAGAUCCAUCUAACACUUUUCUUCUCCCUCUCCUUGUCCAUCCUCGCCGCCGCCACGUUCAACCCCAUCCGCCUCCCCACCGGCGGCGUUCCGGUGGUGGACAUCGACGGGAACGACCUCUUUGCCGGUUCAGAGUACUACAUGAGCGCAGACGUAUCGGGACAAGCGCGUGGACAAGGAGUGGGCCUUGAGAAGCUGAACUCAACAGCUCCAUGCCUGAACGACGUCGUCCAAGUCCGGAUGUUCGACCUCGGCGACCCCGUCGUGUUCACGCCGGCGGAAAAGGACAACUUCGUCAUUCCGUCCACGUUCCAGACCAUCAGCUUCACCGCCGCCGCCUUAGACUUCUACAAUGCCACCGAAGAGUGCGCCGACAAGGUGACGUGGAAUGUGGAGCACGAUGACCAGUUUGGGCUGCAACUGGUGAAGGCCGGCGAGGCUGUGGAAAACGUUAGCAAUUCGUUCAAGAUUGAGCUGGUGGAAAUGAGACUUAAAGCUUAUAAAUUAACGUACUGUCCCAGGUACGAGGAUAACUGCUAUAAUGUCGGGAGGUAUUACGACAGGGCAACCAGGACUAUGCGUUUGGCUUUGACUAAUACCACCGCUACUUUAAUUGUGUUUAAGAAAAAAUAA